AUGACACGUGCAGGUUUACGUCGACAAGCGGGCAGACUUCCUGAUGUGAGGCUGAGAUUCUGUGUUUGCCAGCCCUGGUUAAACAUUUUGGCUGACAAGGUCUUGCGAGAAACACCGACACGACAGCGGGAUUAAGUCGUCCAGUUACAGCGGUGGGAGCAGUAGACGGCGGACGACAACAUGAACGGACAGCUGGACCUGAGCGGCAAGCUGAUCAUCAAGGCCCAGCUGGGUGAUGACAUCAGACGCAUCCCCAUCCACAAUGAGGACAUCACCUAUGACGAGCUGGUGCUGAUGAUGCAGCGCGUCUUCAGGGGCAAGCUGCAGAGCAACGACGAGGUCACUAUCAAAUACAAGGAUGAGGACGAUGACCUCGUUACUAUUUUCGACAGCUCGGAUCUCUCUUUUGCCAUCCAGUGCAGUAGGAUACUCAAACUCACUCUGUUCGUGAAUGGUCAGCCGAGACCUCUGGAGUCCAGUCAGGUGAAGUACCUGCGUAGGGAGCUCAUUGAGCUCAGGAACAAAGUCAACGGUCUCUUGGAAAGUCUGGAGUCCCCCUCAGAACCUGGCCUGGCUGUCUCCGCACCAGACAGGGACUCAGUGGAUGUGCGUGAGGGGAGGUCGGUGGCAGCGGUGAAGCAGGCCCCAGUCCCAGUCAGUGCGGCCAGCAUGUUGGCCUUCGACCCCCUGAAGAACCAGGACGAGGUCAGCAAGAACGUCAUCUCCGCCUUCGGCCUGAGUGAGAACCAUGUCCCAGCCCCCCCGGGUGUUUCGGCUGAGGAGCGGUCAGAUACUCCAGACAGCAUUGCCUCAUCCUCGUCUGCCGCCCCCCAGCCUGGAGUGCACCCCCAGCCACAGACCCCCUACGCAGGGAUGCAGCAGGGACCCCCAGCAGCCAUGGACGGUCAGAUGUACCAGCAGUACCAGUCCCCAGGUGGAUAUCCUCCACAGCAGCCAGCACCGCAGCAGCAGUACGGCAUGCAGUACCCUGCAGGAUGCACCCCCCAGCCUGGCGCCCCUCAGCCUCAACAACAGCAGCAAUUCCAGAACUACUCUGCCCCCACCUCCCAGGCCCCUGCCCCUGCCCCUGGCCAGGCCCCAGCCCCCAGCUUCCAGGGAGGCCAACAACAGUACCCCCCAGGGGCCUUCCCUCCCCAAAACUACACCUCCCAGGCCAACCAGCCUGCUAACUACAGCCUACCCCCCACCUCCCAGCCUGGCCAGGUGUACCAACCCCGUCCCAGCUACACUCCUCCCCCCGGUAGCAAUGUUACCCCCCCUCCUGGGGCAUCCAACCCCUAUGCCCGCAACCGGCCCCCCUUCGGCUCGGGCUACGCCCAGCCUGGCCCUGGGUACCGGUAAAAGAGAAGGAACGGCUAACGUUAUCCACACACACACCCCUCCCCUUUGUGUCCUGGUUGGCUCUGUUUGGCCUGGUUGGCUCUGGUUGGCCUGGGUUCAGUAAACAUGGUCUGCUAAUCUGUCCAUCCGUCCCUCUGUCAGUCCUCAGUCACUGAAGAGUUCAUAUCCAAAACAAGCUACAACCCCCAUCUGAUCGUGUGUUUGUGUUCUGUCUCGACCCCACCACCACACAAACACACCCAUGUGCAAUGGCUCUGUUAUUUGAAAUACAAUGUUCCCUACCCUCACUCUCCACCCUAUGUGUCUAUCAUCGUGAACAUCAGGGUGGGCUCAAUUUGAAUUGAAGGAAGUCAAUUAAGGAAGUAAACUAAAAUGUACAAUUCAAUAAUAAAAAAAAAAGGCAUUUAUUUUCAAUGACUUUUCAAUAAACUGAAAAGUAGAAGCUAUUUAUUUCAAAAGUGUUUUACAUUUCAAAUCACUUCCUGAAUUGACUGCCUUCAAUUCGAAUUGAGCCCAACCCUGGUGAACGUGUAGUCAGUCUGUAAGCACACUCACCUGGGAGACCUGGACAGGCUGGACAGGCUGUCUUAUUGUUAUUCAUAUUAUUAUUUUCAUAGACUUUAUCCUGCUAGUCUAACAGCUGUAAAUGCAUCUGUAUACGCUGGUCAACAGAGAUGAUGUUGAUUCGUAUUGUAUUUAACUGAUCUUUUGAGGAUAUAGUUUGCUGAGGAGACAUCUAUGAGACUAAUAGUUUUCAUCACAGCCAUGUUGGUAUUAUGACGUGUCAUGGAGUCGGCCCCUCGGUUGAGAACAAUAUGGGAGGUGUAGUUUUGACCUUCCAGAAGGAUCCUACCAUGUUUAGCCUCUUAGAUCACCACCUUAUGGUUUAUUGCUAUUGCUCUCUCUUUCUCAUCAAUUUUUUACCUCACUGGUUUGUAUUAAUAUAUCAAUCAUAUUUUCCACCUUGAAGUGACAUUUAGUUGUUUAUGUAUAAACUGUAACAUUUUCUCUAAAACCUAAUAAAGGCUUUGAAACCUUCAA